UCUCCCUGCGGCGGGGCGGGCGCCUUCCCCCACAACAACCGCCCCGCGAGAAUUCUCAGCAUGGCUCCCUCGAGGAGGAAGAACACCAGAAGCACCAAUAAAAACGUCCUGAAAAACAAAAAGCUGGAGGCAUUUCUGAAGGAGUUUGACAGGGAAGUCCAGGCCCGGAAAGAGAGGAUCCUGAUGGAGUGCGACAGCUUCCUCAAGGAGAUUGACAACAUGUACAGCAUGGAAUUCCUCCGCCUGCCGGCAGCGCUGCAAGAGAUGAACUGGCUCGAAUACAUGCUGGGAGGAGGUGAGAAGGCCCUGGAGAAGGCAGCCAUGGUCGAUCUGGACCUCCUGGAGGUCACCAAGCGGGCAACGGAAGCCCUCCAGGCGCCUGUGAAAACCGUCUGGAAAGCGAAGAAGGCCAAGCAGGCGAUUGAGACCAUAGAAGAAGAGGACGGGCAGCCCGUCCUGCCGGUGGGGAAGCGAUCCAGACAGGAGAGUGAUCCUCCUAGAGCCUCGGAGUCCAGCGUCCAGAAACUGGGGAAGGCAAAGACCACCGCCAAAAAGGCCCGACGGUCCAAGCGGGGCAGGCCUCCCCCGGCCAGGUCGACGCGCCUGAGCAGGAGGUCCAGCAAAGGUAACUUUGUCACGCCGUCGGCCAGGGAGGCGGCCCGCUCCGCCGCCCUCCAAGGCGCCACCCCCCUGCUCACCCCGAAGUUUGAUUCCAGUGUCUUCAAGACGCCCGGCCUGCGUGCCCCCGCAGCACAAGAGCGGGUCUUCAGCAUCUCCGUGAACGGCAGCCCCCUCGCAGCCACCGACGACGUCUUCAUCACCGUCCCUGGCGGGGGAGGGGAGACCAUCUGCUUAAGAGCCGGCAAGCUUUCCCGACGCGACCUGAUGCGCUUGAAUCCGGACACCCUGGGGAGUGUGAAGAAGCUGUCGGCACAGCUGGCCAGUCUCUGCAGCACCAUCAGGAGCACCAAGUGAGACCUCACGGGGGGGGGGUGCUGCUUCCUCCAGGACUGCGCAGCCUCCAGAGGACCUGGGUCGCGGCUCUUCUGUCCUGGGCCUCCCCUGAGGGGGUCUGCUUUUCAAGCACACACACACACCCCCUGCCUUUUGUUCUCUUACUGGCGUGUGUGUGUGUGUGUUGG